CCGAGCUGUCGCAGGGUUGCCGCGCACUGUUCAACUCUAUUGGAUGCUCUCCUUAUAUUCAAAACAUGGUUCAUUCAGAGACAAGGUGAUCUGGAUAGGGAUGUCGGGAGCAUACCAUCUCAGAUCGGACUGGAAGAUCGGAGGAGCCAAAUGGGAUCUGUCUCGGAAUCUCACAUGAUCCGUGGUCCGGAUGAUGUCCUAGGGUUGUCUCAAUCUGCCAUUCUAUCUGAAAGGGACUGGGCUUUGAGACGCAUGAGGCAAAUGGAAUUGCAGGUCUCUCGUUUGCGCAGUGUGUGCUUCGCUUUGCGCACUCAGUUGGAAGCCGGUCUACGUCACAAAGCGGAAGUUGAUCAAGUGAAACGUGAAUUGGAAAUGACACAGGAUACCGUUUCUCACUAUCGCAACAUCAUUGAAGAGGGGAACAAGUUACGGGAAGACUUACGAUCUGAAUUGGCCCGUGUUCGUAAAGAGGCAUCGAUGACGCGUUCUCAUUUCAAUGUCACGGCCCUCUCUCGGUCUUCCGAAGACGCAUUUCACCGUUUGUCCUCACGAUCCCGUGGCAGCACGCGUCUGUGUGAUGAAGCCGAUACAGCUGCCACCACCAUCUUAGCUAUUGGUCAUCCAACUGAGGGUGCGUCUUCCGCAACGUCCAACUUUGCAGAUACAACAACGCAUCUACGUGACCAGCUGGAACGACAGAUCAGGUGGUGUUCUGCUUUGAAUACUGAGGCGGAGAAGCUGCGGGAAACUGUGCGCAUUUUGUCUGAGAGGGAGGAGGGCCAAUUGCAAUUGCUGGACGCUGUGCGCGAUGACGUCCGUUCAGCAAUUGAACGCAUUUCUCGGUUCAAAGAGAAUGAAGGCAAAACACCAGCGAAAAAUCCAUUUGGUUCGGUUUUUAACUUGCGUUGGCUCUCCACUCUGGCGGACCGUCUUCAGGUUAAAGUUCCCGCGGACCUUCCGUUGAUCUAUUCAUCGUUUUCGAAAGUCGCCCACUCAACUCCUUGUGCUAAACUACCGGAUAUUUGUGAGCAGCACAACAAGCGGAAGCCUCCGGUCACCAAACCUAAGGGUGGUAAGAAGGUCAGAAGCACAUCACCGAAUAAGGCUAUCGACGAAAUCAUGGAUGAUUCCUCAAGUGAGGCGUCGAAUUACCAUGCGGCCCCUUCACCACCUACUUCAUACCAAGGAGCGGAAUCUCUGGAGCAGAUCCUUUCAGAAUUACCGACUAUUGACGAUGAUCUUCUCUUCUACUCUCAAUGCGCUAUCAGUACCUUCCCUGGCCUCAGAAACCAUUCAAGGUGGCCCGUUGUUGCCGUCUUUCCCCGAAUCUUCCAAACUGCCCACCACAAAGACGUCAGUUCUGAAGGAUGCACCUUUGGCGCGUCAAUCGAUCUCGGCAGCCCAAUCUGUAGAUUUGGACGCCAUCGAUGAUUUGGCUCAUGUUUCGUGCGUGGUUCAUUCCCCUUCAGACCGUACCAAGCCACCUGCCGGCCAAAUGUUAACUGAUUCUACCAGCCAACCUUCCACUGGUCGCAUCGGUCAACCGCUUUCUCUCAGUGAUUCCUCCGAUUCUGACGAGGCGCCGCCCCCCACUACAAUAGAGACAAACGAAUCAUCCAAGAUCGUUCCGGUCAAACUCACUUCUACAAGAAAUGAUGAGCGAAUUCCGACUGCACCUAAAGUUACUGCUCGUGGCGCUCGUGCGUCGACCCGCAUAAGUAGUAGUGAAGCAUUUGCCACCCGUGUGUUGACUUGUCCGACUCCAUACGCACCUAAGUCGGAGCCCAAGAAGAGCAAGGACGACAAAUCUUGCACGGAUGUUUCAAAAAUGUUGCUAUCAUUCUUAACCCCAACCUAUCCUCCCGAGGUUAUCCAGUGGUUCGAUUGUAUCACUACGAACGAGCCCGAGGUCGUCAUGGAGAAGAUUACGGACUCAGCCCCUAGUGUCCUUCCUUCUCUGAGUAAUGCGACUCCAGUCACUUCAAGCGCCGCGCAGUUUCCACCUGGCUCACCCACAGUAAGCCAAGUAACCAUCGCUGUGCAAAACUCUUCUCCAAAAUCGCCAGUCCGCCGUGGUUCUUCAUCAGAUCCGGCUGAUUUGACUACUUUGUGCACCAAUUUCUUACGUUCACGCGGAAAAGCACCUCCCUCUCGUGUAAUUAUGUUGAAACUUCAGGCUGAAUCUCCAGCCACCUGUGUGAAUCUAAUCUGUUCCACUUUUCUUUCCGUGCUAACCAACACGAAACCUUCGGAGCGGCCGAAGCGCGAAUCUCGUUUCACCGAAAUUUGUUCUACCGCAAAGGACUCUUUUCCCAUUCAGCAGAUUUGCGACUGGUUACUGUCCCACGCCCAACAAUUUGUUUCACCUCUUCAGAUAGCCUCGUUCACCCGAUGUACCUAUCGUUUGAUCUCUCUGGCGGAUCGGGAAGACCGGUCCCUAUUUUCAUUUGCACGGGUUUACUUGGUGAAGUUAUUACGCGUCCUCUUCAGCACUCCAAGUCCCUUGGACCAUUUCGGUCUGCAGUCGCUUCCCUAUGUUAUCGAUGCUUGUGUCUCUCACUUCCCCGUCAUGUGGUCAAAUGUCCUUCCUUUGAGUCGUUCCGGCCCUUCACAGCUUGAUGCCGCUGCUAUGAAUUCGUUCCCUUUUGUUGUCACCACCAUCCGGUCUCUUCUAGCUUGGCGAGAAGCCCACUGGCACCAAGAGCAGUGUACUUUGAGACUUGGUAAGAAAUCCAAUGAACUUCAGGGAGUUUUUUCUCGUCUUCGUGAUGGCUGUUGGCUUCCCGAGGGAGCAAAAGACAUACCAAUGUCCACUGCAUCCGCCAUACUGGAGUUAUCACGAUGGAACCAUCAUCUGCGAUGCAUCACUUUACGAUUGGUCGAUGUUUGCUUGCAAGUGCAGCGUGAAGAUGGCGAUCCGCUGUGCCCUCUGACAGAAACUUCUUCAAACGCCAUGGAAGCAGCUUAUUCUCUCGUUCUUCUACUAUCAUCCAUGGCUUUUGUUGUUGGCGAUGAAGCUGUAGUCGCUAAUCAGGAAGGUGCUACUGUUCAGUUACCGAUCUCACCGUCAUCUUCCGGAGGUACAACGCAUCAACGGAAGCGUCGCCAUCGCCAAAAACAACGACACCAGCGUUUGGGCCUUCUUGGUUGGUUACUGACUGGCCGUCUGCUUCCUUGGUUAGUCAAGAAUUUGAGUUCCCUUCGUUCUCAAAAUACCCCCAAUUCCCGACUACUGUUUGCGCGCUUGCUCGUUCUGUGCAUUGAUGUUGUCACCCUCGGAAGCCAUUUAUUCUGCCUGAACCCCCCGAACGAAAAAACUAACGAACUACACUCCACCGUGUUCCGUUGCGGACGUCGUCUUGUUCGUUUGUUAAGUGCUGCAACUGCCUAUCUUUGCCCCGGUCUCCACUUCGUGUGUGCUGUUCGUCUCUCUGCAUUUUCGCCUCAACAUGCAAUCAGUUUGGCCGUCCGGUCUACAUGCGGCCAUGACUCCCCUCGCCCCACUGAAAUUUCCCUUCUUUGGUCAUCCACCUCUCUUUCCUCUCUGCUUAAACAAUCCCUGACCUUGGUUGCCGGUUUCCCACGGUUACCCCCAGAACUUUUGGAUACAUACAAUAGAGUCUGUAAAUCUUAUCUUGCUCUCGAACAACGAUCAGUCACAAUGGCAAUCCCGUUACCAGCGGUUUCCGAACGCAUGAACAACCCCAAGAAUCCUGUCGUGUUUUUCGAUAUAACCAUCGGAGGCCAGGAGAUCGGUCGAAUGCAGUUUGAACUCUUCCAUGACAUUGUACCCAAGACUGCGGAAAACUUUCGGCAAUUAUGCACCGGCGAGUAUCGAAAGGAUGGUGUCCCAACUGGCUACAAAGGCUCCUCGUUUCACAGGAUCAUCAAGGAUUUCAUGGUCCAAGGUGGUGAUUUUAUCAACUCCGAUGGAACCGGAACCUUCAGUAUCUACGGAGGAGUGCAGUUUGCAGAUGAAAACUUUCGCAUGAAGCACAAUUCGCCUGGCAUGUUGUCCAUGGCCAACAGCGGUCGCGACACAAACGGAUGCCAAUUUUUCAUCACAUGUGCUCCGUGUGAAUUUCUGGACGGGAAACACGUGGUUUUCGGGCAAAUCGUGGAUGGGAUGCUUGUGUUGAAGAAAAUCGAAAAUAUUCCCACCGGUGCGAACAAUCGUCCAAAAGAGUCUCGUAAUCUUCAGCGUUUCGCACUUCGCGUUUUGAGUAGCACUCGGAUAUCAGAGGACAAUGAGGAUGAUGACAAUGUCCAUAUGUCUCACCGUUCAAAAGCACCCUUGCCUACGACCAGCAGACGUCGUUUAAGAAUUUUCGACGAGGACGAUGAAGAUGGUGAAAACAUUGAUCCAUAUCUUUCAUCUGAUCCACUGUUGCCUUCAUCCAUACAUUUUCCGACUACCAUCGAGGAAGGUAAUGCCUCUGAGGCUUCCGAACGAGAUGAAGACGAGGAUCCGGAGGAAUACUCAGCCGGAUCGGGUUCUUACUGUACUGAAUAUUCUGGUGACGAUGCAUCACCAGGCUCGCCUGCUGACCGCCCAGUUAAAUCGAAUCGUGUAAAUGAGCGCUUCGAUCGAAUGGAGGAGACCGGUGGUCAUCGAUCACCUCCAGGCGUGGCAGAAAAUGCGGGUCGGUCUGAAGAGGUGGACGAAGAUGUGCUUAGUCGAUUGCGUAAACAUGCGAAGGGUGCAGCCAAGCGAACUGUGAAAAACCCGAGACCCAAGCUUGACCCGCAAAGGCUGCUCAGCGACAAAGGCCUCCCGGCGUUGUUGAAUGACUUCAAAAAAGUACAUUUCCGUGGAAAGGGCUUCGAGUUCCAAGAUCUGGAUCGUCUAUUGUUCGUUUACAAAGCUUGGGCUAAUCGUUUGGUGCCGAAAGCCAAUUUUCCUGAAGUGAUCGAGCGGUUAGAAAAAGCUGGCACUCGUCGCGAAAUUCGAGUCGCUCUCCAUCGGUUACGUACUGGAAUUUGGCCCCCAUAUGCUAGCGCAGAACAUGUGUCCAAUGAUGAUGAUUCUGACGCACAGCCCCAGCAACUAGAUGAUGUUGAAGACGAAGAAUUGGCAUGGGAACGCGCACUUCGAGAAGUUCCCAGACCUAACGUUAUGCCGGCUUACGAGUCAAUGGAUACGUCGUCCUUUAUUGCCGCUCCAACUGAACCGAGUGAGCCCGCCGAUAGUUUAGUCCCUUCUACCUCCGGACCAUCCGCCACUUCCAUUGAAUCUGCGGAAGCGCGGGCAGAGCGCAAUCGUCAACUCGCUCUUCAACGCUUGGAAGCUCACCGAAAGCUUUCGAAUUUAUCUCAGACUAACACGGUCUCACCCAAUGUAUCUUUGCUAAAGUCGGCCUUUGUUGCCUCACUUGUGUCCGACGCCAACCCCUCAAAUGCCUCUGGCCCCCUGCACUCACCGUCCUCGACACGGAUGCCCCUGAUUACUCAAGUGGUGACACUCGGCAAACGUCCACCAUUGAUACCACCGUGUGAUGAUGGUGUAGAAAUCUCCUUAAGAAGACACCGUGGCUCUACGGUCCAGCCACUGUUCAUCGUUAGGGUCCCUAUGCGUUUCUGGAAUUAA